CUGUCCUACCACUACCAGUAGAACUACUAGUCCUGUCCUACUACUACCAGUAGUACUACUAGUCCUGUCCUACUACUACCAGUAGAACUACUAGUCCUGUCCUACUACUACCAGUAGAACUACUUGUCCUGUCCUACCACUACCAGUAGUACUACUAGUCCUGUCCUACUACUACCAGUAGUACUACUAGUCCUGUCCUACCACUACCAGUAGUACUACUUGUCCUGUCCUACUACUACCAGUAGAACUACUUGUCCUGUCCUACCACUACCAGUAGUACUACUAGUCCUGUCCUACUAGUACCAGUAGAACUACUAGUCCUGUCCUACGAGUACCAGUAGAACUACUAGUCCUGUCCUACUACUACCAGUAGAACUACUAGUCCUGUCUUACCACUACCAGUAGAACUACUAGUCCUGUCCUACCACUACCAGUAGUACUACUAGUCCUGUCCUACCACUACCAGUAGAACUACUAGUCCUGUCCUACCACUACCAGUAGAACUACUAGUCCUGUCCUACUACUACCAGUACUGCUGCUGUACUGAACUGUCUCCGUGUCUCAGAGUGGAUGAGGUGAAUGACACCCAGUUGGAGUGCCAGACUGGUCCCAGUAAUCGGACCGGUGGCGUCCCAGUUCGUGUUUUCUUCGGUAAAGCUGAGCGGACUGUCCCAGACAUCUCCUUCCGUUACCUUGACGACCCCGUCAUCACUGACGCGGCGCCUGCAGAGAGCUUCUACGCCGGCGGCCGCAUCGUCAUGGUGACAGGCAGGAACCUGGACGUGGUGCAGCAGCCAAUCCUAGCUGUGUGGGUGGAGCCUGUGGAGGUCCAGAGAGUGAAACGGAGAAGACGAUUGGCUCUGCUCACUGCCAAGCAGCAGCUGGUCUUCAACAGCACCAUGACAACGGUGUCAGAGCACUGCUCCGUCCUGUCGUCCUCUCAGAUGACCUGUCUCACUCCCACCGUGUCCCCUGAGCUCAAAGUUAAAGGAAUCUGGUUCCAGCUGGACAACGUCAGGGUCCACUAUGAGAGCAUCAAGGGUAAAAGUUUCUCCUACUAUCCGAACCCGGAGUUGUUCCCUCUUAACCGUGAGGCUCCAGAUGUUCCGUACCGGUUCAAACCUGGAGGAGUGAUCGCUGUGGAGGGUCUGGACCUGACCAGAGCCAUGUCCCGUCAGGAGGUGACGGCUCGACUGGGAGACCAGGAAUGUCAGGUGAAGACCCUGGACAGCACUCACCUCUACUGUGAACCUCCAGAGAUCCAACCAAUGAGUGUGGAGGAGAGCAGCGACCUGCCCAGUCUGAAGGUGUUCAUGGGGAACCUGCAGGUGGACCUGGGAUUGGUUCAGUACGACAGUGACUCUCUGCUGUCUCCUGUCCCAUUGGCUGCUCAGAUCGGUUUGGGGGCGGGAGCAGCUGUCAUCAUCCUAUCAGUGCUGGUCGUCAUCCUCAUGUACAGGAGGAAGAGUAAACAGGCUCUCAGAGAUUAUAAGAAGGUUUUACUGCAGUUGGAAACUCUGGAGAUCAACGUUGGAGAUCAGUGUCGCAAAGAGUUCACAGACCUGAUGACGGAGAUGAUGGACCUGAGCAGUGACGUUGGAGGACCAGGACUCCCCCUGCUGGACUACAGGACGUAUGCAGAGAGGGUGUUCUUCCCCGGGCAGCAGGCAGCGCCACUGAGCCGGCAGCUGGACCUGCCGGAGUCCCGGAGGCAGACGGUGGAACAAGGCCUCCAGCAGCUCAACAACCUGCUCAACAACAGACUGUUCCUCACCAGGUUCAUCCACACUCUGGAGGCCCAGCAGGGCUUCUCUCAGAGGGACCGGGGCUACGUGGCCAGUCUGCUCACGAUGGCUCUGCACGACAAACUGGAGUACUUCACCGAGGUCAUGAAGAGUCUGCUGCAGGACCUGGUCCAGCAGUACGUCGCCAAGAACCCCAAGCUCAUGCUGCGCCGGACUGAGACAGUUGUUGAGAAGAUGCUGACCAACUGGAUGUCCAUCUGCCUCUACUCCUUCCUGAAGGAGGUAGCGGGGGAACCUCUCUACAUGCUCUACAGAGCCAUAAAGUACCAGGUGGACAAAGGACCGGUGGACGUGGUGACGGGGAAAGCCAAGCGAACGCUCAACGACAGCCACCUGCUGCGAGAGGACAUCGACUACUGUGCCAUGACUCUGACGGUGUUGGUGAAGAACGGAGUUGAGGUUCAGCCAUGUCCUGUGAAGGUGCUCGACACUGACACCAUCACACAGGUGAAAGAUAAGAUCCUAGAUCAGGUAUAUCGAGGAGCUCCGUUCUCUCAGAGACCUGCAGCCGACAGUCUGGACCUCGAAUGGCGUUCAGGUCAGGCGGGUCACCUGACCCUGUCAGAUGAUGAUGUCACGGCGGUGGUUCAGGGUCGCUGGAAACGACUCAACACUCUGCAGCACUACAAGGUUCCAGACGGAGCCACAGUCGCUCUCAUUCCUCGUUCUCAGAGUUCAGGAGGGGUCGGAAUCAACCAGGUGUUCCAAACAGGAGAGAAAACGCCAAUGCUGGAGGGGGAGGAGGAGGAGGGGCUGCGGCUGUGGCACCUGGUGAAGAGCAGCGAAGAUCCUGAGAUCCCCAAACACAGGAAGAGCAGCAUGAGGGAGCGAGAGAGAGCCAAGGCCAUACCUGAGAUCUACCUGACCAGGCUGCUGUCCAUGAAGGGGACGUUGCAGAAGUUCGUGGACGACGUCUUUGUGGCGAUCCUCAGUACAAAGCGUCCUCCUCCCAUUGCUGUCAGGUUCUUCUUUGACUUCCUGGAUGACAUGGCCGAGAAACACGGAAUCGAUGACCCAGAGACGGUCCACAUCUGGAAGACCAACAGUCUCCCUCUCAGGUUCUGGGUGAACAUCCUGAAGAACCCUCAGUUUGUUCUGGACGUUCAGGUGACCGACAGCAUCGACGCCGUCCUGUCCGUCAUCGCUCAGACCUUCAUCGACUCCUGCACCACCUCGGAGCACAAAGUGGGACGGGACUCUCCUGUCAACAAGCUGCUGUACGCCAGAGAGAUCCCCCGAUACAAGCAGCUGGUGGAGAGGUACUACAGUGACAUCCACAGUGCUGCUUCAGGCUGUUAUCAGGAGAUGAACUCCACUCUGACUGAACUGUCCGGGAGUUUUGCCUCAGAGAUGAACAGUCUUGUUGCUCUUCAUGAACUCUACAAGUACAUCAACAAGUAUUACGACCAGGUCAUCAUGUCUCUGGAAGAGGACAGUUCUGGUCAGAAGAUGCAGUUGGCGUAUCGGCUGCAGCAGGUCGCCGCCCUGGUGGAGAAUAAAGUCACUGACCUCUGAUGACCUCUGACCUGCUGAGAAGGAUGAGGCAGAGAUUCUGAUUGGACGGCUGUGGCGCUGUGUCUUCCUGCUGAGUGUGUGUGUGUGUGUGUUUGGGACAUACGAGGUUUUUAUAGUCAGACUCAGGAGAUCCCAGGUCUUUAGAUUCCUUCACACAGCAGCAGUUAAACUGAUGCUGAACUAACGCUAAACUAACGUUGAACUAACGUUAAACUAACCCAAACCCUGACACCAGCCUGUGGUGCACAUCGACAAUCUAACCAAUUGGAUCAGGGAACAUCGUCGUCACCUGCUGCCUUGCACUACGUUUCCCAGAGUUCCCUCCUGUCUCUUAGUCAAAAAGCACAAUUUAAAACUUGUGAUGACAUGUAUUGAUUAUUGGUUACUGAUUAUUGAUCUACUGAGCCCAGACAACCACUUUGUAUUUUUGCCUUUUCUACUGAAACCAGCAGCUCUGAAUCUUAUGAUCUCUGAACGCAAUAACAGAACCAGAACCAGGAUCAGGAUCAGGGAGCGUUUACAUCAGUGUGACUCCGGUUCCUGACCAGUCCUCCCAGUCUUCCUCACAUCCAGGUCGAGUCCGGGUUGACUCGGCAGGUUCUCAGGUCUGAUUUGAGCUGACUGGCUCGGUGACGUCUGCUGGAUCAUUCAUGACAUGUCCACUCACCUCACAGAAAUCAGGACAGAACCUCGGACCAAAUGGUUCCACGCAGGAACUCUAUUCAGCCGUGACUUGGAACGUUUAAAAGAUCGGUCUGCUUAUGGUUCCUCUUGGUCUUUCUGUUCCACCGUAGAUCCAAAAGCUUCAACAUUAACUCAGAGUGAGCAGAACAAACUGUAGUUACACAGAAAAAUAAUGUUCUAGUAGCUGGAACCAGAAAUGGUUCUUAGCAGUGAUGCUACUGAAAACACAUUUUUAGUUCUUCAAAGAACCUUUUAGCAAGAGGUUCUCUGAAGAACUUCCAAAGGCAUACACUAAGAACAACAGAAUCAUGAUUCAUUUAAGCACCUUGAAGCCUCAGAGAACCUUUGAAAAAUAGGUUCUUUGAGGAACCAUUUUCCAGACAGUUCUUUGCAGACCCACUGGGUUUUAAUUUUUCAUUGGAGUCACCAAAGAACUUCAAUAGACACGAAGAACCUUUUAGAACACCAUGUCAGAAGGUGAAGAACGUGUGGUUCUGAGGUCAUACAGGGGAUGUUUCAGGUCACUUCCUGUCAGAUGAUCAGACUCUUGUUUCUGAUUUCUGUUCAGUUCUGUUUCUGGUUCAGACUGACGUCAUCACAGCUAGUCAGUUGAAACAGUUUUAAAUUAGCUAUUAGAAAUGAGGACUUUGUUGUUUUGUGGUGAAUUUGAACCUGUCCAGAUGUUCCUGCUGCUGUAGAACUCUCUGUUUCGUCCGUUCUCCAGCUGCAGAUCUGUUGGUGUUCUUUAUCAGUGAUCAGGUCUUAAACCAACAGGGACAGACGUGUUGGACAGAACACGGAGUCACACUGAAACAUAAAAUCUGCUGAACAACAACGAGCUGAUGAAAACAAUCUGUGGGCGGAGCUAAAGCGAGUGUGUGUGUUAGCUAGCUACUAACUUAUUGUGUGUACAUACUGUAAGUCCUAUUUAUACUAUUUAUCCCAGCUGUGCCUUCACUCUUGCAGCUUGGUGGCGCUGUCUGUUCUGACAGCAGCUUAUUGAUCAAAUGUCCCAGUGCAUCAUGGGAGAUGAAAUCAUUUUAGAACCAGAAACAUUAAGACACUGGAACCCUGAGAGCAGCUCAGAACUGAAACAAACAGCUAACCUGUGUUCUAGUUUUCCUGUUAAAGUUUUCAGAGUACUGAACUGUUUGAUAGGCUGAGUCCAAACAGUCCUCACCAGAGAAAACCAGCAAUAAAACCAGUUAGAACCAGUCGGACCGAGUUCGAUGAUCCAGAUUUACACAUAUCAGCCUCUGAAGCAGCAUCGGUCAGCAGGGUCACAGUCUGAACGGUUUGACGAGUCGACCAGCCGACGUCUGUCUGGACGUUUGGAUUCAGCCUGAGGUUAUCUGCUGUAUCUCCACGGCAACCAUGUCGUUGUAGCUGUUACGUUGUCCUGCUCUCUGUGGACCACAGUGUUCAUCUGUGACUAAUAUGACACAUCUUGGACCUUCCUGAACUGUUCUAGACCUUCCUGGACCGUCCCUGGCCCUCCUUGACCAUUGUGGACCUUCCUGAAUUGUCCCAGUCUGUUCUAGAGCUCCCUGGACUGGUCUAGACUUGUCUUGACUAUCCUGGACUUUGCUGGACCAUCCUAGAUCCUCCUUGACCGUCCUGGACCAUCCUUGACGGUCCUGGACUAUUAUGGACUCUCUUUGAUUUUACUAGACCUUCCUGGACUGUUCUGGACAGGUCUAGAGUUGUCUUGUCUGUCCUGGACCUUCCUGGACCAUAAUUAACUAUUGCAGACCUUAGACCUUACUGGACUGUUCUAGACCCUCCUGGACCCUCUUGGACCCCCUUGGACUUGUGCUGUAUGUAAAUGAACGGUGACUGGACCGGACCCAGCAGACAGUAAGCAGCCAGAUGUUGGUCUCUGCUGCAGAACUGAACCAGAACCAGAACCCUGAUCAGGUCCUCCUGCUGGACUCCUCUUCUUCUCUCCAGAUAUUCUGACUGUGUUUUGCCUUGCGUGUUUUUUGAGCCUGUGUUCUUCCCGUAGUUGUAGUUCUUUCAGAAUACAUUCUGCAUGCGUGUGAUGAUGAUGAUGAUGAUGGUGCUUCUUCUUCUACGUUUUUUUCUUUAUUUUUAAAGAUGAGGGGCGGAGCUUUACCGCUGCCGUGUCACUGAUGAUGCCGAUGUCACCUGACCUGUGUACAGUUGGAUCCUGAGCUCUGAUUGGUCGAGCUCUGUUUGUUACUGCAUCGUUUUUUCUACAAGGGAGUAAAGUUUAAUAAAAUAAAAUAAUCAGGAUGAGCUGCGAGAAGCUUUUCUACUGACUGUGUACAGUUUGCUAACAGUGUGUACAUGUGCCUGUAAAUACUGUCUGAUGACGAUGACAAGGAUGAUGAAGGCGAGUCGGUCUGCAAUGGAAAUGUGCUUUUAUUGUGAAAAGGCCGGAGGCCAAACACAGUUUGUAUGAUGUACAAAUAAAGUUUUAAUUUUACCACGUC